AUGUGUGGGCUGCGUAUCUAUUUAUUGUGCCUCGUCGUAGCAUCCUGCAUCCUUUUCGGAGUGUCCCACUCCAUCAACGAGUCCGUUUGUGUCCUGAGCAAUGCGCCUCAGCAAUGUGGAGCCUUCUGCCUGGCAGCAUUGCAUCCACUGUACGAUCAGUACUCCAAGUCCAGGCAACAGGAGUCAAGCCAGGAGGCAAUGGUGAAGAUCAUAGCGGCUCAGGCUGAGCAGAAGGAGCUGUUGAAUGUCCUUGCGGCAAACAUAAUUUACACCGCGAGCAGCCUUAAAUCCACCUUGCAGAGCAUGCCACGUACACUGUUGCCUGUCCAUAGGAUUGGAUCCAGAUUUUAUAUCAUAGUAUAUAAAGAGAAAUCCAUGAUUGAUGCCGCGAAAACGUGUCGCGCAUACGGCGGUCACUUAGCAGCCUUCCGAAACGAAGACGAGUUUGAAGCCGUGACAAGAUUCGUCAAUAAACAUACCUACUUCUGGCUGGGCUUUCAUCGAAAUAGUACGGGCGUAUUCGUGACGGCCACCGGAAAUGAACGACCGUUUAUAAAGUGGGAGUCAGGAGAACCCAAUAAAGGUGGAGACCAGAACUGUGUUGUUCUGUUCAAAUCACGCAUGCUUAAUUGGAAAUGCUGUACUGCCGUUUCCUUCAUUUGCGAGAUGGAGGCGGAUUAAUAAAGAUAAAGAUAUCUAUACAUAAUUAUGUGUCAAUUGCUCUGCGAAUGUGCCUGCAGAGAGUAAGAACAGUUUUCGCAUAAGCACGCACACACUUAUUGGGUGUUUUGAAUUGAAUAUUGAAUUGCUUAACACAGAAUUAACCAAAUGGAUGCCAUAUAAAGCAAUAUUCAAAUUAGACCACUUCGUACUCAUUUUGGCGGGUACUGCUGUUGCGAAAUAGUUGCGCCCAAGUUCGAGGUGGAUUCAAAAAUAUGUAAAAUUCUAAAAUAUGUAAAAUGUAAUCUGCAGAAUAUAGACAAGUAGAGAAGUAAAAAAACAAAUUUAUUUCA